AUGGCCGACGAAGAUUUCCAGUCUCGCGUCGAGAGGAUCUUCGGAGCUCUCGCCUUCUCCCACUCCACGUCUUCUACUACCUCCACGUCUUCUGCGCCGCCGCUGCGAAGUGGAGAACAGGAGUGGAAGCGAGAGCAGCUCGCUUCGUACGAUAGGGAAGAGAUGCCUUGUGCGUCAUCGUUCGACGAGAUUCUGAGGCAACAGAGGAUCUCGAGCACUGAUCGGAAGGAGGGUGAGGAAGGUGGUGAUGAGGAUUUUGGUGAUGAGGAUGAUGAUUGGAGCAUAAGAGCAUCCAUGGGCCUUGACCGUACUCUCGAUGAUGAGGUCGCACUAGGAAAAGAGGAUGGUGGUAAAGGCGUGUCUAUGGAAGAUGCCAUUUCGAGGCCUUGUGGUGUGCGGAUUCGGGACCCUCGUGCUAAUCAUGCUGCUGCAAAAAUGAGGUUGAAGGAAGAUGAACUCGAGGCCAACAAGUAA